UGUUUAUUCUUUUUGGGAGGAAUGUUGUGAGAUCCUAUUUGUUCUAAAUCAUGAUGCCUUCGGGCCAUCAUUAUCAAAAAAAGAAAAAAAAACACCGCACGUAAAUUCCCCAUCCAUCAAUUUCAGGACUUUGUUAACAUGUCGUACGAAUAAGCCCUGAAGCCCUCUUUUUCUCAGGUUAUGCUCAACAUAUGGAUCAUAAGGAACAGUUCGCCGCGCAAAGCACAGCGUUUAAUUCCCUCCCUCUUAUUAUUACUAAACGGGGGGUGGCAUAAGGGCAGAGGCUCCGAUCUCCCGUCAUCCUCUUUUUCCCUUCCUGGUUCCCCACCGGACCUCGCCGUGGGAGAGAGCUCCGCCCCACCGCGCUUCUCCUUUUCUUCUUCCCACCACCACAACCACCAGCUCUCCAUUCGGAGUCGAAGGAGGAGGAGAAUAAGCCUCCUCUCUUCUCUCUUCUCCUCUCUCUCUCUCUCGUUGCCAGAGAGCUGAGAUGAUCGAGAACAACAAUUCCGAGGACGCGAAGCGAUUCGCUCGCCCCGCUCCAAGGAUGCGAUCCCACCACUGGCGCAAAUCCGGAGAUCGAUUUGAAAAAGCGAAUUACUCCUACAGGAUUGAUGGGGAGAAGAGCAGCAAUGUUCAAAAUGAUAACACUCAUCCUGGAUUGAUACCCAUAGAUGGGUGUUGCACCAGUCAAGCCACGCAACUUCUAAACAAGCGUUGGGCAAAUGCCAUGCACUUGUACAAUGAUCCAUCAAUUGAUUUAUCAGAAAGACCGGUGAUGUAUUCUGGAGCUAGUGGGUCAUCAUGGGGUCACUUGAAACUUCCUCAUCAGAUGGACUUUCUAUCCGAAUUACAACAAGUGAUACAUAAUGCUUAGACCAGUGCUAUGCCAACUGCUGGUGAGCAUAGGUGAUCACUUGCAAGGAUGGACUUGGAGAGUUUUUGGAAGUAAUUUGAUGGAUUAUAUCAUCAUAGUUUAGAUGCUGUACCAUCUCUAUGCUGAACUACUUUUUCUAUCUUACUAAUCCCAGCGGUGCAUAAAUGCAUGGUUGUAAUGAAUACUGGAACGAGCAGAACAGAGCUGCUGCUUAAAGUUUGUAUCUUGUUUUUAUGCCUAACCUGCAAGAUGGAUAUUGGUUCGUCUCCUUCUCUUCGUGCUUUACAGAUUUCCCCCCACGGAAACGUUCUCUUCUACCCAGCCUUAUACCAUUCCACUGGUGAGGUAAUCAGGGUAUCAUGGUAGCACCUGUGGCUUGGGUUGGACUUGAUCAAGGCUGAUGCUAGUGAGUUAGAUUUGCUGCUGUUUGUUAGUUUUGAUGACUUCGUCAUGAAGAGCUCUACGUCCUCGCUAGAGAAGGCAGGUAUGGCUGAACUGAGUUGCUCAAGGGAAACCGACCAACUUUUGUUACUAGUUCUAUAUCGAGCAAGUGGGCCUAGUGACUGCCAAAUUUUACUCCAAUAGUUCUUAUUUUUUUAUUUUUAUUUUUAAUUUUACAAGGUAGCAUCUUAUAAAUGUCUGAGAACUUAUCAAAUUUAUGGGUACGACCUUGGUAUGACCUGCCGAACCGAGUGAGCGAGUGCUUGUAAGUCUACUUGUGGCUGGACUUUCAUGAAGUACUUGUAUGUAAAUAUAGAUCUGUUCAAAGUACGAGUGUUUCAAAAUUUAAAUAUUUUCAAAAGUUAUGAAAAUGGAAUUAUUUUAACAGUUA